UCUACGAUUUGGAGACAUUUUAAGAACAGAGACAUCCUUAAAAUGUAUGCAAAUCGUAGAAGACUAAUUCACUCUAGAAUAUUUGUCUACAGUUAUGAGCAGUUACAGUUUUGACAGUUACAGUUAUAACAGUUACACAGUUAUGACAGUUACAGUUAACUGGUAAAAAACUGUAACUGGUGCAUACCUAAUUACUACUAAUGUUCUUGACUUCUCAUCUAAUCACUUGCAUGUCGUGUUCUUAUAGAAAUAAUCUCAAGCGCUCUAUAUAAUAUUUGUUUUGUCUUUCUCUUUUAGAUAACCGUCUCCAUCGUUCUUUUAUAUUGUUUACGAUGCUUGAAUAUCGUUAAUUUUCCAAAGUUAUCUUUAAGUGUUGCAGAAAAAGUUAUGCCAUUACCAUUGGUAUUUUUUGGUAAUCUAUUAUUUGGACUUGGUAGUACACAAGCAGUUAGUUUACCCAUGUUUACCGUAUUACGUCGUUUUUCAAUAUGGCUAACAAUGAUGGGAGAACAAAUAUUUUUGAAUGAUAAGCCCAAUGUUAAAGUUCAGUGUAGUGUAUAUUUAAUGUUACUAGGAGCCGGUAUCGCUGCUAGUGAUGAUAUAGCGUUUAAUUUUCACGGUUAUGGUUUGUUGUUGUUAAAUAAUAUAUGCACAGCGUGUAAUGGAAUUGUUAUGAAGCGUAAAUUAUCAUCAAAAGAAUUUAAUCACAAUGGACUAUUAUUUUAUAAUUCAUUAUUUAUAUUAUUUCCAGCAAUAACACUAGCUUACAUGACAGACGAUUUUGAUAAACUUCGUUCAUUUGACAAAUAUUUUGAUACUGGUUUUAUGUUUGCAUUUUUUUUCUCGUCCAUAAUGGGUUUUAUUUUAAACUAUUCAACAUUAUUAUGUACAAAUUAUAAUUCACCAUUAACGACGACGGUUGUUGGUGCGCUUAAAAACAUGGCAGUGACCUAUGUUGGAAUGUUUGUUGGUGGAGAUUAUAUAUAUUCAACCGUCAAUUUUAUUGGACUCAAUGUCAGUGUUUUUGGCAGUAUUGUUUAUUCAUGGGUAACAUUUACUCGAAAAGUGAUACCAUCACCUUCGAUUAGAAAAGGUAGUAUUGUAUAA